AUGAGUAGCUCUUCACCAAACCUGCAAUCCUGCCUUGCGUCUGCAAAGGCACAAAAACAAGCUCUCGAGACCGCAGCAGAUACAAACAGCCCCGCGUUCCGAGAAGACCUCAGCAAAGCUAUAUCUUCAUUUGAGCAGUGCCAGAAGCUCAUACAGCAGCUGUCAUUAUUCAGCCCCAAUGAAUCGGUAGAGGACAUAACUACUGGAGAUUUACAGUUUUUGACAGUCCCAUACCUUCUCGCUGAAUUACUCCAACGUUCUUACGGCGCAGAUCGUCUUAAAACACUCCAUCAGACGCGAGAAGAGUAUGAAAAGUAUCUCGAGGCACUAGACCAAUAUGAGCUUCUCUCGCCUUUAAAUAAGAAGCUAUACGAACAGUACCUUGAGCAGCCUGAGUCGUUUAGCCUGACACCUACCAAUGACGUAUCGGCGCGCAGGCAAGUGAAAAUAACUAGAUUCAAAGAAGAGAAGGAACUUAAGCAGAAAUUAGAGUACCUUUCACAAAACAAGGAUUCGAGCCACAACGACGAGGACAUAGUACGACAGGUAUAUCUUGCGGAAAUCAAUUUCUACACGCAUCAAACGUUCCAGUCCCUGGACAUGCUGGCGCAAGAACUAUCCAUGCUUAAAGCGGCUCAAUCGCUUCCCCCAGUCCACAGAACGGAUGAGCGCAAGCCAGGGCUAUCAGACGGGAAGGAGACUGGAUACUCCGACCGUCUGGACAUGGUUGGAUCGCAGAUGGGUCGUGGUCGGUAUAGUGGGGUGCUGUUGAGCCCGGACGGUAAACCACUUCAGCCGUUUACCUUGACAAGCCGGAGAACCGAUAUUCAAAGGGGUGUAUUCCGGCCGGGACACAAUCUCCCUACGAUGAGUAUCGAUGAGUACUUAGAAGAAGAGAGGAGACGGGGUGGUAUCAUUGAAGGCGGUGGUGAAAAGUCGGGUAUUCCAAAGGAAAUUGAUGAAGAUGAUCAUGAGAAAGCUGAUGAGGAGACUCAGAAGGCGAGGGCCUGGGACGAGUUUACAGAAGCUAAUCCCAGGGGUUCUGGAAAUACUUUGAAUCGGGGCUAG